GGCUGCGUGGGAUUCACUGCUUGAGACUAAACUCUGUCAAGAGUUAGUUAUCCGAACGAUUGCUUUGGAAAUAGCAGAAUUUUUCUCAAGUAAAGAUCUACUUUCAACAUUUAUAUUCAUAUUUCCAUCUGACAUCCAAUGCAAUGAUCAAAUUGAUUACUCUUUUUGUUGAAUUGUGCAUCAUUUAUCAGACUCUGGGUGAUAUCACUGAAGGCUCAACGUCUGCCUACCAUGACACCAAUGAAGUUGUGCAUGAGGACGAGACUUACUACACCCCUCAGCUGGACUACAAACAUCCGCAGUGGUGCCAUACACUUAAGCUAUCCAGCGGGGAAGUGUCCUGUUCUUCCCCUCGAGGCGGGCGCUACCAGAGCUCGCUUGGAACUCGCUGCUUGCUCUCCUGUGAUCGAGGAUAUAAACGGUUGGGGCGAUCAUCUGUGCAGUGCAUGCCCAAUCGCCGCUGGUCUGGAACCGCUGUCUGUCGAAAGGUGCGUUGUCAUGUUCUGCCUCUGAUUGACCACGGUAUGUACAGUUGCACCCGGGGUUUUGUGGUAGACUCCAGGUGUGACUACACCUGCUAUGAAGGCUACCAGAUUGAGGGAGAUCGCUACCGUAUGUGCCAAGAAGAGGGGAAAUGGAGCGGCACAGAACCGACGUGUGCAGAUCAUGACCCCCCCAAACUGAAAUGUCCUUUGUCCAGAGUGAAGGUAGCAGAACCAGGAAAACUAACUGUCAUGGUUUCCUGGGAGCGUCCUGUAGCUAAGGAUACAGCUGACAGAACACUACAGGUCUUGCGAAAUGGACCGGAGUCUGGGUCCGACUUUCCAGAAGGAAUACAUGUGAUUCGAUAUAAAGUCUACGACCAGGCUCGCAACACAGCGACUUGCAAGUUUAAUGUGCAUGUUGAAGUGAGAAGGUGUCCAAAGCUAAAGCCGCCUAUGCAUGGCUACCUGAUAUGCUCAUCUGAUGGCAAUAAUUAUGGGGCUAUAUGUGAAUACCAUUGUGAUCCUGGCUUUGAAAGGACAGGUUUUGCGACACGUGUUUGUCAGCUCAACCGCAGCUGGUCCGAUGACGCUGCUCGGUGUGUAUUAAUGGAGAUAAAAACAGAUGUCAGGUCUGCUGGUGCUCUGCUUGACCAGUUUUAUGAAAAGAGAAAGCUUCUUGUUGUAUCUACUCCAGAUAAUGCUAACCAGAACUACAGGCUUCAGAACAUUAUGCUACAGAAGGCUGAGUGUGGUCUGGAUCUGCGACAUGUGACCGUGAUUGAGCUGUUAGGAACUCCACCUCGCGCAGUGGGGCGCAUCAAAGAACAACGUCUGGAGCCUGAGGUCAUAGAGGGUCUUAGACAGGCGCUGCAUAUCUCGACAGCCUAUUUCACCAUGGUGUUGCUGGAUGAAUACGGUGUGGAUCGGGAGCGCUUUGUUAACCCCACCACCUCUGAUGAGCUCUACUCGUAUGUAGAGGAGUAUCUCCUCACUGAGGAGGAGCGAGAGAGACUGGAGAUGAACAGGGACUUCUGUGACUGACCUCGGUCUGAUCGACUCCAGAUCUGUGGGGGGCAUGGUGAUGUUGUGGGUGGGAGUUUUCCUUAUUGCGGUUGGUCAUCAAGAUGCAUGCACCCCCUGAACCUGUUUCCUAGACAAAUAGUCAUUUGAAACCACAUAUUGUAGCCAUUACUAAUAGAGAAUCACAGCUGGAAAUGUGAUUUAAUAUAGAACAGGUUUUAAUCUGCAAGUGGGAAAACUGCCAAGCAGGGUUGCAAAAGAUACACAUAUUCUGAGGAAAAAUUAUUUUAACCAUCUAUAAUCGAGUGCACAGCACACAAUGCGGAUUCUUCAAAAUAUUUAAUAUUUAUUAAAUGCAAGUAUUUCUAUGUAGCUCCUAAAAAUAAUGCUAAAUCAGCAUUAUGUCAUUAAAAUACAUUGUGUUAAAAUAUGUGAAACCUUUCGGGGCAUACAUUGUGCACAUUUAAAACCAAAGUGUCAUUCAAAUAAAACAUUUACUGUGUCCAAAGGUUCAUUUUUAAGAACAGCAUUCAAAUGAUGUUGUAUUUGAAAGCAUCCAUUCAGCUGCAAUAUUUAUAGGAAAUAAAUACAAAUAACAUAUA